CGAGAGAGGGAGGGAGAGAAGAGAGGAAGAGCGUGAGCGCGCGCAAGCUAGCUAGCAAAGCAGAGAGCCAGACCAAGAGAGGGACCAGGAGAGAGACCCUGAGAAAGAGAAGAAGCCGGGCUCUGUCAGGGCUCAGCCUCCAACUUGUUUCAGUUCAUUCAUCCUUCUCGCUUCUGAGCUUCGGGGAAGUGACUGUGGCGCUCCGGUCUCUCCACGUUGGCACCUAAAGAAGAUGAGAAUCACACAAGUGUGUCACUUCUACAUGACAAGACUGGGACUUCUUUUCUUGCUUAAUAUUCUCCCUGGAACCACUGGCCAAGGAGAAUCAAGACGACAAGAACCUGGGGAAUUUGUGAAGCAAGAUAUUGGCGGACUCUCUCCUAAGCACACUCCAGAUAUUCGUGAUGACAGCACUGACAACAUCACUAUCUUCACCAGAAUCUUGGAUCGCCUUUUGGAUGGCUAUGACAACCGUCUGCGACCUGGGCUUGGAGAUGCAGUGACUGAAGUGAAGACAGAUAUCUAUGUGACCAGUUUUGGCCCUGUGUCAGACACUGACAUGGAGUACACUAUUGAUGUAUUCUUUCGGCAGACAUGGCAUGAUGAAAGAUUGAAAUUUGAUGGACCCAUGAAGAUCCUUCCACUGAACAAUCUUCUUGCUAGUAAGAUCUGGACUCCUGACACCUUCUUCCACAAUGGCAAGAAAUCAGUGGCUCACAAUAUGACCACACCCAACAAGCUGCUCAGACUGGUAGACAACGGGACUCUCCUCUAUACAAUGAGGCUAACCAUACAUGCUGAGUGUCCUAUGCACUUGGAAGAUUUUCCCAUGGAUGUGCAUGCCUGCCCACUGAAGUUUGGAAGCUAUGCCUAUACAACAGCUGAAGUGGUUUAUUCUUGGACUCUUGGGAAAAAUAAAUCUGUGGAAGUGGCACAGGAUGGCUCUCGCCUGAAUCAGUAUGACCUUCUGGGCCAUGUUGUUGGGACAGAGAUAAUCCGGUCUAGUACAGGAGAAUAUGUCGUUAUGACCACACACUUUCAUCUCAAGCGAAAAAUUGGUUACUUUGUGAUCCAGACCUACUUGCCAUGUAUCAUGACUGUCAUUCUGUCACAAGUGUCUUUCUGGCUCAACAGAGAAUCUGUCCCUGCCCGCACAGUCUUUGGUGUCACCACUGUUCUCACCAUGACCACCUUGAGUAUCAGUGCCAGAAACUCCUUACCUAAGGUGGCAUAUGCGACGGCCAUGGACUGGUUCAUAGCCGUCUGUUAUGCCUUUGUAUUUUCUGCGCUGAUUGAAUUUGCAACUGUCAACUACUUCACCAAGCGGAGUUGGGCUUGGGAAGGCAAGAAGGUGCCAGAAGCCCUGGAGAAGAAGAAAACACCAGCAGCCCCGACAAAGAAAACAAGCACCACUUUCAACAUCGUGGGGACCACCUAUCCUAUCAACCUGGCCAAGGACACUGAGUUCUCCGCCAUCUCCAAGGGCGCUGCUCCCAGUGCCUCCUCAACCCCGGCAAUCAUCGCUUCGCCCAAAACCACCUUUGUGCAGGACAGCCCCGCUGAGACCAAGACCUACAACAGUGUCAGCAAGGUUGACAAAAUAUCCCGCAUCAUCUUUCCUGUGCUCUUUGCCAUAUUCAACCUGGUCUAUUGGGCCACAUAUGUGAACCGGGAGUCAGCUAUCAAGGGCAUGAUCCGCAAGCAGUAGAUAGUAGUUGUGGCGGCAACCAGAGCACUGUAUACCCCAUGAAGCAUCCAGGCACCCAAACCCCGGGGCUCCCUUUCAUGUGUUUCAUGAUUCUUUUUAACCCUCUUCCAAGCUGUGACUCUCAAUUCACAAUUUUAUGAACCUCGGUGAAAACAUAAUGACAGAAAAUGUACUUGUCCUUUGAACAUUGCUUAAUGUAACCCAGUCAAAGCCCAACAUUGCCAUGUGUCCAGUUGCUCAUCUUAGGCUGCCAGUCCCCCCAGCCAAGGACACUGCACGCGUUCAAUUGCACUCUGCCCACUGCAGAAAGAGCUGGAAACUCUGUUUCCUACAGUGAAAGCCUUGGCUGUUGGAGAGGUCCAGACUGGAGAGAUUUACUACCAUUACUAACUGGGCCACAUCAGAUGACUCUCUGGAGUCAAGCUGAGCUAUCCCAAAUGGCCCUGUCUGCCAUCUCCCAUGCCCAUAACAGGAUCCACUAGGCAUGAGAACUGGUAGCAAAGAUAGAAGUCAGUGUAAACCUCUGAACUGGCCCUGGAACCCUUUCUUGCCUUGGAGGUUAAUGUAGCAAGCGAGGCUCACCACUGACAGCCAUGUAUGACCCAAACAGUUAGAAGCAGUUGUGCUAGCCUACCAUCGCGAUGACUGAUGCGCUGCCGGUUCCAGCCCCUCAGGAAAGUCAUGCUCACCUCAGUGUAUCUUCCUCCAGCAAAGCCCUUUGCCCUCAAUGUCUUUGAGCCCUUUAUAGCCAACUAGACAUCACUUACUUUGGAUUAAUGACCACUUGUAAACUUUUCUGGAAAAAAAAAAAAAAAACGAUCGAACACUUUUUAUUUAAACUAAAAAGGCAAAAAUAGAAAUGAAAAUAU